AUCCGUGCUUCUGCAGAGCAGACAAAAGAAUUGUCACGGUGCUGUUCCGGGAACGGCUUCAUUGACAUCGGUGAGUCUUUCGUAGUGGCGCGGCAGUUCUGUUCGCGCUACGGCGAAGUCCUGCAGCUGGGCUCCGACACAGCUCCCGCGUCGAUCAGUGUGACUGUGGAAGGGCGGAAUGUCGUAGACAUCACAUUCAUGAAUAGAAAGUGCUAUUCUGAACCUGAUGUUGUCGCUCGCAGGUGCAUUUGUGAUCUCCAAGGGAAAGCACUGUGUGGCGUAUGCCGGUUGGUCGCCCGGUACAAGCUCCGGGCCAAGCUCGCGAGUGGUGCCGCGGCUUCUGCGUCUACAGACACGGCGCCGCAGGCUGAAGCUGGGAAUAAUGUCAUUUUCCCAGGCAUGACAUACGCGAUGAGCCUUGCUGUGCUUAAGCUCGCUGCUCAAGGCUGCGGCUUCGCUGAUGCG